CAGAGAAAAGGCUAAUUGACAUAUUUAUAGCAAAAAUGCGAGCAAAAAAGGCAGAGACAGCAGAACCAAACACAGAUUGCCAUUUCAAUAACAUUGAUCUUGCUCCAGUGUUCAAAACCCCCAAAGCCAAACGGAGACUGAAGUUGAGAAGGAAGAAUUCCCUCAAAACAUGGAGCUCCGUAAAGAGGCCCGCGUUCCUUGCCCUACAGAGUCUCAUCAAUUCCCCUCCCCGAGAGCCUUCUCCCUCUUCUGGAGACCCGAGUUCUCAGGAUUUUCCUUCUCCGGAAGCGAUGGCUCUUCCAGUACCUCCUACAGAAGACAUUCUUGAAGCCAGCCUUGCUGCAGGAAAUGACUUAGGAAACACUUUGAAAGACAGCAUGGCUGUGCCAGAAGAAUCUCCCCCUGCCAGCGCAGUCCAGGAGCAUCCAUUGGCCGCUGGUUCCCCUGAGACUGCCCCCAACUCAGUAGUGGUCACUGAGCAAAUGCAAUGGGGGAACCCUAACAUGGGCAGGGACAUCCCCUCCAUGCCCACAGGCAGUACUUACCCCUUGCAGUCAUCCCCAGUGCACCAAUUGGAAAGUCAACUGAACCAGCAGCUUUGGUCCCUCAUCCCCAAUAAUGACGUGAGAAAAUUCAUCUCAGAAGUUAUCAGGACUCUGCAGAUGGACUGUGCGGACCCCCAGGUGCAGCUGUCCUGUGCCAAGCUCAUCUCCAGAACGGGCUUCCUCAUGAAGCUCCUCAGUGAGCGGCAGCAAGUGAAGGCCAAGGCAGAAUGGGACACAGACCGCUGGAAAGAAGAGGACUACAUCAGCGAGAGCCCAGGAGGCCAGACUGAUGCAGGAAUGAUCGAGCCAAGUGAGCUCAAAGAAGUCCCAAGAUACAGCCUUAACAAAAUACUCAUCAUGGCAAUAUCUGUCACUGUAGCUGUGAUGAUCUUAAUAACGGGAGCCUGUCUCGUUGGGAUUUACUCUCACAGGGCAAGAGCCGACGCCGAGGAGGAGGACAUAGGAAAAGGUCUAAGCGACCUUUACGAAGAUUCCCUCAAGCAAAGACGCGAGAAGAAGCAGGUGGGCUUCUUGGUGAGGUGGCUGCGCUGGCUGAGGGGUGAGCGCAAACCCCGCCGGGCAAUGAGCCGGAAGGAACUGGCUCAAAGGUUGUAUGAUGAAACCUCUGACGAGGAAGCAAUCUUCAUGAGAGGGGCAAGGUAAAUGACAGACUGCCUUCCCCACGUUACCUAACGGGACAAACGGGGCGGGCAGAGAGGAAAAGUGGC